UCAGGGACAUCGAUUGAAUUCGAGUGAGCAGUGUUGUCGGAAAAAACAGAUCGAGCUCGAGUCUGACUUUAGGAGAAAGUGUGUGUCUGUCGGAGCCUCGGGACACUCAGGACACUCAGGACACUCGCUGUGGUCGUCAGCUGCCAACAUGACGGAGGUGAGGCACCGAGGAGCCAGAGACAGCGAGCCGCCACAGCAGCAGCCCUCAGAGGACAAGGGUUCAGACAGUGAGCUGAAGGGGGACAAAGAUGUAGCGUCUGACACUGAGACCAAGGUGGACUCUGGGGUGCCAGUUCCUCCUGAUGACACCCCAGAGGUUCUAAACAAGGCCCUUUCUGGACUCUCCUCGAGAUGGAAGAACUGGUGGGUACGAGGCAUCCUCACACUGGCCAUGAUCUCCUUUUUUUUCCUCAUCAUCUACCUGGGCCCCAUGGUGCUUAUGAUGAUUGUCCUCUGCGUUCAGAUCAAGUGCUUCCAUGAAAUCAUUACCAUCGGAUACAGUGUCUACCACUCGUACCACCUGCCCUGGUUCAGGACGUUGAGCUGGUACUUCCUGCUGUGUGUAAACUACUUCUUCUAUGGUGAGACCGUGACAGAUUACUUCUUCUCACUGGUGCAAAGGGAGGAGCCACUUCGCAUCCUCAGCAAAUACCACCGCUUUAUCUCGUUCGCCCUCUACCUCACAGGUUUCUGCAUGUUUGUGCUGAGUUUGGUGAAGAAACACUACCGCCUUCAGUUCUACAUGUUUGGUUGGACCCAUGUGACUCUGCUGAUUGUGGUGACUCAGUCUCACCUUAUCAUUCACAACCUGUUUGAGGGGAUGAUCUGGUUCAUUGUUCCAAUUUCCUGUGUGAUCUGUAACGACAUUAUGGCGUACAUGUUCGGUUUCUUCUUUGGCCGCACACCGCUCAUCAAGCUGUCCCCUAAGAAGACGUGGGAGGGAUUUAUUGGAGGACUUUUCGCCACCAUUGUGUUUGGUAUCAUGUUCUCCUAUGUGAUGGCUGGCUACCGCUACUUUGUGUGUCCAGUUGAGUUCAACAACGACUCCAACAGAUUCCAGGUGGACUGUGAACCAUCUGACCUGUUCCAGCUGCAGGACUACGUCCUGCCAGCCAUCCUGGAGUCUUUCACUGGAUGGACCACCGUGCGCCUCUACCCAUUCCAGAUCCACAGCAUUGCGCUCUCUUCAUUUGCCUCCAUCAUGGGACCCUUCGGUGGCUUCUUUGCCAGCGGCUUCAAGAGGGCCUUCAAGAUCAAGGAUUUUGCCAACACUAUCCCGGGACAUGGAGGCAUUAUGGACAGAUUCGACUGCCAGUACCUCAUGGCCACAUUUGUUAAUGUCUACAUUGCAAGCUUCAUCAGGGGCCCCAACCCCAGCAAGGUGAUCCAGCAGCUCCUGGCCCUCCGACCAGAUCAGCAGCUCUCCAUAUUCAACUCCCUGAAGGCUCACCUGAUGGAGAAGGGCCUGCUGCCGGCGCUGGGGGGGGCCGCCGCCUAGAUCCGGCUGCAACCAGAGCGGCUCCCCCUUUUAGGGGAGACAGGAGGGCAGCACCUGAGGGUGGUGGGCAGCCCUGGAGAUCUGGGAAACUCGCAGUGCUUUGUGAAAACACAACAGAGAAGAGAAAAAACAACAACAAAGAAAACCCGAAAAAAAAUCACAGCCUUGGUUCAUUCCAUUUCAUUGACAUAUGAGGGUCAUGUGUUUGUGUUCAUAUAGUCUGUGAACCAUGUUUGUUACACCAGUGUUUUCAUGUUGCGUUAGUGAAUUACUGUACUGUUACACUUUUACAUUAUUACCAACUUGUAUCUACUCAAACCGUUGAACAUAACGUCGGUCAGCUGUACAUUUCUACCCGUAUACAGGACAUCCCCUUAUAUACCUAUUACUGUGUUCAUAUUUUAUUGUACAUUUUCGUUUAAAUGCACUGCUUGCACCCUUGUUACUCACUGUAGUGUUCCUCCACCUGCCCCCCCAGAUUUUCAAUUUUCCUUUUCAUUAUUGUGAUUGUUUUUAUUUAUAAAUAGAUGUUUUUUAUAUUUGCUAUGUUCUAUUAUAUCUUAAAGGUUGUGUCUGUGUCAGGUUUAUUCAGACUUUUGCCAUCAUUUCAUGUUCAUAUAUGUGUGUAUGUGUCUUUUGUCUGUGUUUGCUGCCAUUCAACAUUUCAAAGCCUUUCGUGCUCAGUCAAUUCAUUUCAGUCAUAUUCUCCUUUUUUAUCUACGGAAGUUACUCUGAAGUAUUUGAUUGAAUCUGACAAACAGAGUCCAGUGUCUUGAUUCCCAUCUAUUGGUGCGUUUGUUCAUAUAUUGGAACUUAAGCAGAGCUCAAUCUGCAAAAUGCUCUUUUAUUAUGAACGAAGGCCAGACACAGUCAAUCCUCACCUGAUUGCCAUUUCCUGUUACGUUGAAUUUUUUGUUUUUAUUGACCCUAUUCAGUGUUUCUACAUAUUGUUCAAAUCUAAAAUAGGGAACAGGUAUGUUCAUAAGGUGGUGGGAUUGUUUAUUAUGGCUACUAUUUGGGAUGUUGUUUAGUGGUAGUUGGAGUUACACUCCACACACACCACCCCAACCAAUCAACCAGCCUGUGUUCGUUCCCUGAGGUUCUGAAGCAGGAGUUAUUGAUCACUGGCCAAUAUUUCUCAGAUUUAGAAUAUAAACGCUUCUGUAUAGUUGGGUUCAUUUUUGUUUAAGAUUUCUAAUUUAACUGUCGUGGGGCACUGCACUGAUUAUUUAACAUAAACUACUACUCAAACUGCCAAAACAGUCGUAUCUUGUCCUUCUGACUGUAGAGUAACUUUCUUUUUAAGUCUGGGAAAUUAACCCUGAUGAUGUCAUGGUGAGGGCGUCCCAAGUUAUCUCGCUCUGAGCACGGGGAACAAUCUUACCUGACAGACUUUUAAACAACCUGGACUGGGGGAUUUCUAAACAGUGGUAAUUCAAGAGCAGGGUCAAAUGAUAAAAGGCUCUUAAGUUGGAUUGUGGGAAGUCUCUGUUGCAUCAAUGUCUUGAGUUAACUCUUUCCUUCAUCCUUUCAUUGAUAAUAGGCCCUUUUUUUUACAAUAAAGCUUUGAAACUCAAACAGAGUGAGUUAUUAAAAGAAUGACAAUGUGCAAAUGUAAUCAGCUUAAAUACUCAAGAAACAUUCAAUAGAUUCCAAAAGCCUCGAUUGUUAAUCUAGAUGUGGUCAAGUUUAUAUGCAACUUGGGCUCAGACAAUGCAGAUUAGUGCAAACUAAGAAAUCAGUAAGUCACCUCUUCACGUCUGUUCACAGCCAUUAUUGAGUUUUGUCCAUUAGGUGUUCAUGUGUUUCUCCUCGUCAGUGAAGUGAGAUAGAGCAGUUUGUUUUCAGUGUUAAAUGACUGAACAGCAAUACCAGCCAUCACCGUCGUCUGUAGCAGGCAGGUGAAGCUCAGUAUCUCCAUGUCUCAUGGUAAUCAUAUAAAAAACAUGCUAUCAGAGCCACUGUAUAAAGCAAACCCGCUCUACAUGUUCUUUUUUGCAUUUGAAUGUCUCCAUAUUUCUAUCGAUUGAUUGAUUGUCAUUCCAUUCAUGUCUGUGGUUUGACGUGUGUGAUAUCCAGCCACGCGUUCUUUAACUUGACUUAACUCAAAAUAUUUAUUUUAUUGACUGUAAGCAAACCACACCUUUUCAAAGUGACUAUAUUGUUCAUUGAAGAUAUUUAGAGACAUGUUGAGUGUUCUUUAGUAUUUUUGGUUAGAGGAUAAUUUAAGUAUUAUUAUUAUUGCCAUAUAGGAAAGAGCAUUGAGAUUCUAGAAACGUAUUUUCUCUCUGUCUUUUCUUGUUGUGACUUUAGUGCACUUCGGUGUUUUCUCUGCUCCUCCCUGGUAGCUGUUGUGUGAAUCAGCUUCUGAAGCAUUGUGGAUAGUCGUAGUGCUCGGUGCACCGUCUCCCUCUGAGUAGACAUAGGAAGUUUCCUGAGAGAGGGUGUGAGAAUUCAUAGAUAGCUCACAUUUCUCUCUCUCUCUCUCUCUCUGGUGGUUUGAGGUGUUUUUCGGCCCCACGUCUCUGUACUGCCAUUUUUCUGUGUGGUGUUGUAGAAGACCACUAGAGAGAGCUGGAGCUCCUCUGGCCGGCCACCCACUGUAACACCUAUACUGCAUCUGAGCAGAAAGGUGAGACCCUUGUUACUGUUUGAUACAUUCCAGUACCCCUAAAGUCGAGAGGAGGUGGACCAUGAGGGAUCAGUGAUGUUUUUUUCCUUGGCACUCAGGAAACCUCCUCCGUGCCAUAUCUUAUCAAGUCGGUGUAUUGUGAAUCCUGCCCUGCCAGGACCCUUCUGAAAGGAAUGUAUGGGAGUGAUGAGUGUCCAACACUGUGUAGGCCCCCCCCCCCCCCCCCCCCCAAAUAGUGGACAACUAUUUUUGUGUUUAUAAAUUAUCUUUAAAAACUAUUUGAGUUCAGUAUAUUACUCUUAAACUGUGCAAUGGUUUGUGUUAAUUUGUUUGUCGAGUGCAAACUAAUGCUGAAAUGUGCUUUGCUUUGGUUCCGAGAAUAUUAAAGAUAUAUAUACCCAAAACAUCA